AUAGAAAUCGAGAACCAACAAGCUAGCGAGCGCGCUAGCCAGUUUUGUUCCCCCGUUAGUAAAUAAUCGUGUUUUUUGAUGGCCACAAUGUCCGGAGGAAUAAACCUCGGGAUUUCAGGCACAUGCCACGCUUCCUCAUUGACCUCUGCAAACCGGAAAAAAGACAGUAGUCCGUCCGCUAGGUUCUGGGAGAGUCCGGAUACUUUAGCUCAGCUGGAGCUGGUGCGACAGUGGAUCGGGAAGCACUACAAAAAGUAUGUGCUGGUGGAUGCUCCAUCGUGUCAGGCUCUAGCUGCUGUGACCCUGCAGCUUCUCCAGUUUCAAGAAGAAGCCUUUGGCAGACAGGCUACCAGUCCUGUUCUCACUAAACUGCCUGCACAAUGCUUCCAGGACCUGCGGCCAAGUGGAGGACUCUGCCACAUCCUUGGCACUGCCCACAAGUUCAAGGCAGAGCAGGGCUGGCGGAGGUUUGACUUGCAGAAUCCAUCAAGAACUGAGAGGAAUGUUGAGAUGUUUGGGGCUAUUGAAAGAGCGCUCAUACAGAACAAUUGUAUGUCCCACCCUGUGCUAUAUCUGGACCCUGCACUGGACCAGGAGCUGGCUAGCAGACUUACGGAUAUUAUCACCAAACACCAGGGUACACUCACAGAGGAUCGAACACUCGCCAGUCACCACAUCUACCCCUCCCCUGCUUCUAAAGAUGAAGAUGAAUGGAUGCGUCCUGUCAUGCGGAUAGACAAACAUGUCUUAGUACACUGGGGCAUGCACCCUGACAGUUAUGACAGUUGGCUGUCCUCCACUGAUGUUGAAGGAGAGGUUGAGGAGCUGCCACAUUCAGAGAAGCCUUGGAGGGUCCAUGCUGGCUGGGUUUUCGACACGGAUGUUUUCAACGAGUGGAUGAAUGAGGAGGACUACUGUGUGGAUGAGAGGAAUGUACCAAUCAUUCACCGCCGGCGCAUUCACCUCAAAGAUGAGCAGCAGGACUCCAAAUCCAUUCCCUCCAAAAAGAGAAGACGCUCUCCGUCUCCUCCCCCCUCUGAGGGCAGGAAGAAAGGAAAGAAGGGGAGAAGGCGUGGACAGCAGGAGGAAGAGCCAGAAGAGGAUUUAACCAAAGAUAUGGAAGACCCUACCCCUGUUCCUAACAUGGAAGAGGUUAUCCUACCCAAGAAUGUCAACCCGAAGAAGGACAGUGAGAACACUCCUGUCAAAGGAGGGACCAUGGCUGACCUGGAUGACCAGGAGGAUGACUUCCCAGGAAGAGAUGACGAGGAGGGGAGAGGGGAGAUAUCUCGCCUGUCCGAGGCAGAGGAAAACAUCCCAGAGCAAACCCAUCAUAUCAUAAUACCAAGCUACACAUCUUGGUUCAAUAACAACAGCAUUCACUCAACCGAGAAACGUGCGUUGCCUGAAUUCUUCAACGGAAAGAACAAGUCCAAGUCUCCAGAAAUCUACCUGGCGUACCGUAAUUUUAUGAUCGAUACAUACCGCCUGAACCCACAGGAAUAUCUCAGCUCUACGACCUGCAGGCGCAACCUCACUGGCGACGUCUGCGCUCUCAUGAGGGUUCAUGCUCUUUUGGAGCAGUGGGGUUUGAUUAACUACCAGGUGGAUGCAGAGAGCAGACCCCUCCCCAUGGGUCCCCCACCCACACCUCAUUUCAACGUUCUGGCAGACACGCCGUCUGGGCUGGCCCCCCUCCAACACAAACCCCUGCAGGUUUCCGCCUCGCAGCAUAUGUUAUAUUUCCCAGAGAAGAUCAAAGAGAAGCCUUCAGACAGCCAGAACUUUGGUCUGCGCUCCGACAUCUACACCAAGAAACACCCUAAGACUAAGAUGAGUGCCGGAAGGGAAUGGACAGAACAGGAGACACUGUUGCUAUUAGAGGCUUUAGAGGUCUACCGAGACGACUGGAACAAAGUCUCAGAGCAUGUGGGCUCCAGAACCCAGGACGAAUGUAUCCUCCACUUUCUCCGUCUGCCGAUAGAAGACCCUUACCUGGAAGACACUUCUGCCUCCCUCGGCCCGCUGGCGUACCAGCCCGUGCCUUUCAGCCAAUCAGAAAACCCCGUCAUGAGCACCGUGGCCUUCCUUGCGUCUGUGGUCGACCCACGGGUGGCGUCAUCUGCUGCUAAGGCCGCACUGGAGGAAUUUUCCAGAACACAGGAGGAGUCAGGGGAUAAGAUCCUCGGAAUGUCCAACCAGCCCGAAAAAACUGAUUUGAUGGAUGCAGAAAAAACAGACAUAAACUCCUCCUCCCAUCAGGUCCCCUUAAGGUCAGAUGGGCUCAAGAUGGAACCCAGUGGGGCCAAAGUUGAGGGAGUGAAAAGAGAAAAUGCAGAAAAUAUACUUGGGGAGGAGAGAGACGAUCUAGGAAGGGGGGAUGACGAGGAGAGCAUUGGGCGACGGGAGGCCGACGUGGACGAGGGGAGGGUGAUGGAGCAGGAUUUGGUGGAGGCCAGCGUUGUCACGGCAGCAGCAGCUGCUCUGGCCUCAGCUGCCACAAAGGCCAAGCACUUGGCUGCUGUAGAAGAGAGAAAGGUCAAGUCCCUGGUGGCUUUGCUGGUGGAGACACAGAUGAAGAAGCUUGAGAUCAAGCUGAGGCACUUUGAGGAGCUGGAGACCAUCAUGGACCGUGAGAAGGAGGCUCUGGAGCAGCAGCGGCAGCAGCUCCUGACAGAGAGACAAACUUUCCACACGGAGCAGCUGAAACAGGCAGAGAUGAAGGUUCGCCAGCAAAAAGAGCAGCAGGCGCAGCCGGGAUACACCGCGCAGCACCCAGGCCAGUCUGUGCCUAACAGGAUGAUGCCUGGGGGAGGAAACACCCAGGUGAUGGCCCCUCGACAUCCUGGAGCACCCAAUGGCAUGUACCCGUCCUCGCAGCCAGACGGGACAGCAACAGCUCAGCCGGGUCCCACAGCGUCCAGCCACAACUGAACUCUCCAGAAAAACCACAAACACACAAAAAAUAUGUAACACUGGCAUUAAUGUUCAGUAGAGGCAACUGUUUAUAAAUCUGUAGGUGUGUGACUGCUCAGUAGUCUUUUGUUUAUAGACACACAAGCACACACACAGUCGAUGUGUAUUUGAUCAAUGGCUCAGUCUGUUUUAUCUGUGAAAUAUUUGUGCUCUGAUGUCAAAGUUGAGGAAUCUGAAGAUUAAACUCAGCUCAUUAAAGUUGUUUUUCAUGAAACUGGA